AUGAGCCCAGAGGAUAGUGAACGGACAGUGCUCUCCGUUAGCCUGGGGCGUGCCCCGGCAUUGCCUUCCAGUAUGUCUGUUUGCUCGCCAAGGCGACGUCAAUACUCUAGCCAAUCACUUCGGAUCCCUGCCAGUAUGAGAUCGUCCUCUAGACGCGCGCCGAUUCAUCAUCGAUCUGAGGAUCGUCCUCUAGACGCGCGCAAGCUUGGUCACAACAGGUCAGGAGUGGAAGCACGAAACAGGCUUCCACCCACCGCUAAACCAGACGACCCCAAACUCAUAACCAAGCCGAUUGUGGUCAUAUCCCCCUGUGAACGACAGCCACUGACCGACAAGAACAAAACCGACCCGGGAAACUUGGGCAAAAGCCUCGCUCCUGUGUAUCAAUCCGUGAAUCCGAGAAUCAUGGCCAAACUGGAAGACGGCGAAUAG